CCAUCUCGUUCAAUCUUUCUCAGUUGUUUUCCUUUAUUGGUUCUACGUUUUCUCAGAAAUAAAAAAUGUGUAAUGCUUUAUAGAUUAGCUAAACAUAUACAUAAUUAGUGAUUUUGGAGUAAAUAUAAUAAUUAAUAUGGCUUCGUGCAGUGGAAAUUCGAAUUCCAAUUCCUCAGGUUCCACACAGCAUCAGUUGAUGGAUCAAAGGAAACGAAAAAGGAUGGAAUCGAACCGAGAAUCAGCGAGAAGGUCAAGGAUGAGAAAACAAAAGCACUUGGAUGAUUUAGUGGGACAAAUAACAGAGCUAAAGAAAGAUAAUAACCAAAUCCUGACAAGCAUCAACUUCACCACCCACCGCUAUUUGAACAUUGAGGCUGAAAACUCCGUUUUGAGGGCUCAGAUGACUGAACUAAGCCAAAGGCUAGACUCUCUAAACGACAUCCUCCUUUAUCUAAACAGAGAGGGUAUUGAAUACACUACUGACUGUUUCACCAACCCUUUCAAUGUGCCUUAUCUUCACCAACAACCACCCAUCAUGGCCUCUGCACACAUCUUUCAAAACUAAUUGAUGAAGAAAGUAUUCAUGUCAUUUGUUGGUGGGUUUUGUUUUGUUUUGAUUUUUCAGUGUGGGAAUCAAUGAGUGGGUAAGUGAAUUGGCAAUUCUGCCAUGGUUGCUUUCUAGGGUUAACAGUUAUGUUUUUGUUUUUUUAUCUACAAGGGCUUUUGAGAUAUAAAAUAUGGUGUGAAGGACUGUGGAUGUAUGUGGUGUUUCAAGUUUCAAGUAAUAUAUAAUGCUAAAAUAAUUAUUUUCUUUCA